AUGAGCGAUUCAACGACAGAUGUGCCUGCUCAUGUUGAUGAGACUCCAUUACCGUUGGAUACAACAUCAGCCAUAACAACCACAACAACCGCCACUUCUGCCAGUAGACAAAAAUCUCUGCACAUUGCUCCCAUGCUGCAUGUGAGCACUACCGAAUUUCGCAACUUUUUGCGCAUCUUGACGAAACAGGCCGUCCUCUGGAACGAAAUGGUGGUGGAUGAGACGAUUUGCUUUAAUCCCGAACAACGAGAUCAUCACCUCGGCAUGACAUCUCGGGAAGCUCCCGUGGUGUGUCAAAUUGGUGGCAUUGAUACCAAAUACACCGCAGCCGCCACGCGGAUUAUUUUGAACGACUACAGUGAGUAUUCUGAAAUCAACUUGAACAUGGACUGUCCCAGUUCUCGUGUCAGUGGACGCAAAUUUGGAGCCAUCUUGAUGAAAGACGUCGAUACGGCUGUCGAAAUACUACGGACGAUGCAACAAGAAAUUAGCUCUACUAUCAAUACAAAAAUACAAGUUUCCGUCAAGUGUCGCGUGGGAAUUGACGAGUUGGAUUCCAUGGAGUUCAUGGUGGAACUCAUUACCAAACUCUCGCAAGUGACAAGUCGAUUCUACCUUCACGCCCGCAAAUGUCUACUGGAAGGACUCAGCCCCAAAGAAAAUCGACUGGUACCACCGUUGAAUUACCCGCGCGUCUACGAACUCUGUCGACGGUUUCCACAGUGCGAGUUCUAUAUCAAUGGAGGCAUUCCCGGCCUACAAGCUUGCAAAGAGUUGCUCUACGGGGUACCUCCAUCCGACAACAAUAACAACAAUCAGCAUCAAGUACCGUGUUCCAUUUGCAAUGUCCCCAAUGGAUCCUGCACGGCACCCCCCAACCAAGUUCCGCCGAAUCUCAUGGGAUGCAUGUUGGGCCGGGCGGCCAUGGAUCAUCCGGCACAAUUCUGGGAUGUCGAUCGCUAUUUGUACGGGUGUCCCAGCAAUCCUUGUCCCAAUCGACGGCAGUUGCUCGAGUCGUACUGUCAAUACCUGGAACGAGUCUAUCCACGACGAUGUUGCGAUGACGAUGACCGUGUCACCAUGCGGAUUCCGUCUCCUCCCAAUCUCGUCCAUCACUCACCGUGGUGUCCACAUUACAAGGAAAAUUCAAAGUGUCAUGGCAACAACAGCAACAAAAGCAGCAACAAGAGCAAAACCAAAACAACCACCAUCAAGAUCUCGUCCUGUGUCAUGGAUCGAUGCUUCAAACCGGUAUACGGAGUCUUUUUUGGAAUCCCGGGCAGUAGAACCUUUCGGCGGGCCAUUGAUGUCAACAGUCGCGACCAAAAACGACGCAACUGUGGGCCGGCGUUUUUGUUGCGCAAAGCCAUGCAAGUCAUGCCGUCCGAGUUACUCGACCAACCAUUUUGCGACACGGAAGAAUUGGGGGAUAGUAUUCCCGUGCAUGUCUCUCCACCUGCUCCGUGCUCGUGCUGA